AUGAGCUGCUGCUCCGGUGGCCGGAGGAGCUUUAGUGCACAGGCUGCGAGUGCUGGCAGCCGUCCUGCCUCCCAAAAUAUCCGUGGGGGUGUGCCAGCCCCUGCAGCUACCCCACCCCGCUCUCCGCAGGGCUCGGUGGAUUGCCCCAACCUGGAGUUCGAAUACGGGGAUGCCGACGGCCACGGCGCCGAGCUAGCAGAGCUGUACAGCUACACGGAGGAGCCCGAGCUCAGCACCAACCGGAGAUGCUUCGAGGAGGAUUUUCACGCUCAAGCGCAGGGCAGGAGGUGGCUGGAGCUGGACGGGGCUCAGCAGAAGGCUUACGUCAUGCGCCUGCUGGAUGGGCUGGAGGUGGUCAACAGGGACAAGCGGCUCAAAGUGGCACGAGCCAUCCUCUACCUGGCGCAGGGUGUCUUUGGAGACUGUGAUAACGAAGGCGACGUCCUGCACUGGUCUCGGCACAACAGCUUCCUCCUGUACCGGCUGGGAACCUUUACCGCCUUCCUGGAGCUCCUCAACAUGGAGAUCGACAACAGCCAGGCCUGCAGCAGCGCCCUGAGGAAGCCGGCCAUCUCACUGGCCGACAGCACGGAGCUCAGGGUGCUGCUCAGUGUCAUGUACCUGAUGGUGGAGAACAUCCGUGUGGAGCAGGAGACAGAUCCCCCCGAGUGGAAAACCUGCCGGGAGACCUUCAGGAUGGAGCUGAGUUUCCCCGUGCACACUGAGGAGCCCUUUGCUCUUCUGCUCUUCACGAUGGUGACCAAGUUCUGCAGCGGGCAUGCUCCACACUUCCCCAUGAAGAAGGUCCUGCUCCUGCUCUGGAAGGUGCUUCUGUUCACGCUGGGUGGAUUUGAAGCCCUGCAGGCGAUGAAGGUGAGGAAGCGGGAGGAGCUGGGGCUGCCGCCCUUGCCGGAGGACAGCAUCCAGGUGAUGCGCAGCAUGCGCGCUGCUUCGCCCCCCACCUACUCCAUCGAGCUCAUGGAGCAGCAGCAGCAGAAGCGUGGCCACCGCAGCCGGCGG